AUGAAGACCAGAAGAAGACAACAGAAGGGACGCAUACCACAAGCACUACCUGUAUGUCUCCUAUCAUCAUCACUGCUGUUACUAGUAUGCUGUUGUAUCCAUCCUGUAGUGACUGGCUUGGCUCCGGCUCGAUUAUCGUGCGAUCCUUCCAGUAACUCGGCGGGUGAUUCAUUUUGUCGUCAGAUUCUGCAAGACGGGUCGUACUGCGAUCCCACAACGUUGCGUUGUACGAGCCCCUUUGCCAGUCGAGGUUGUUUUGAUAAUGAUGGCGAUAGCAGUCAUAGUCUCACUGUUUGUCAAGGCGAGGAAUGCCAUAUCAGAAUUCAUGCGGGAAAUUGGGACUCCUCGUUGGCCAUGGCAUGGAUCUACCAAAUCAUUCUCACCGAACGUCUGCAAGUUCCAACCGCCGUCGUGGGUAUCAAUAAUAAUAAUGAUAACACGGAUGAUACAACAGCAAUUAGCUUUUAUCAUCCGGCAGCACCCUUUGUCUAUGCCGAUCAGGCGUAUGAUUGGGAAGGUUUGCAAGCAACUUCUGAGAAAGAGCGUGUCCAUGUUCUGCCCGAGGUUUGGAACAGUCAACGAGAAAACUACUACCAAGCCAUUCAGAACCAAUCCAUUGUCCAUGAUCCAGUUGGAACUGCCACUGGAAUUUGGGGACAAUCGCAAUGGUAUGUACCGACACAUACGGCACAGGCACAUCCCGCAUUACUCCACUAUUAUGGUCUGCAGCAAGCCACUACACUGCAAUUGGCAGAUAUCUUUCGACAACCCUACACGUGGGGAAUGUAUUGUGACUUGAUUUCUACCAGCAAAUGCCAAGAACCCAAUGCCGUGGCACAAAGGGCACCGAGCGAUGACGAAGAAGUGGCAUUGUACCAUGUCCGUCGACUCUACACGGGGUAUUUUGGAGUCCAUCAAAGUAGUGGCCAUGUCAUUGCACACGACAACAGCAGCAACAGCAACAGCAACAACAAUACACUCGCCACACUAGCAGAACCAUGGAACAACAACAACAUCUCGCUUCAACAAUCAACUCAUGACCGAGAAUCCAUGAAACAAAUUUGGAAGGCUGCCAUGGCGACCCAAUCACACGUCAUGAUGGCAUGGUGGACUCCAGACUCCUUUCUCGAAGCGUUUCGAGACGAGUUCCAGCCCGUCACAUUCUUACAACAACCACAAGAUGCGAGAACGUGUCUUGCCACAGAUUCCAACAAUUGUCAAGGAGAAUUGCUUAAGGCCAUUUCCACCUCGUUGUUGGUGGAACCACAACAAAACCCCGCCUACCAAGCCAUUCGUAAUUUGCGAAUUGCCGAGGACGAGUGGAAAUCGCUUCUGAAACAAUGGGGGAUUGCCGAGGCAGAAGAUCCCACCAUGCGAGGGUUUACCAAUCGAAAAGCACUGUGUGAUUUUGUCCAGGCACACUGGGACGAAUGGGAACCCUUUGUCGUUCCCAAAGGAUUUCCACAUCAUCAAGAGUCCACGGAUGAUUCUUGGACGACUACUAGUAGUAGUAGUCAUAUGCUCGUGGCCGCUCAAGUCAUUGGGGGAUUGGCAUCCCUGGGGGUGCUCCUGACGGGCAUCUUGACAGUCCGCUAUCGAACGCGAUUGGCAUUGGUCUAUGCCCAAAUCCACUUUGUCUGGCAAGUCCUGUUGGGAUUCUGGUUUGUCACCAUGGCAGCCGUCUUGUAUGGAAAAGAACCCACCGACCGUCGAUGCUUGUCGGGACAAUGGCUCUUGACGUUGGGGUUGACACUGGUCCACGUUCCGUUGCUCAUCAAGGUGGCCAAUAUCAACCGCAUUGCGGCGCAAUCGUUGGAGAAAUACAAUACUGAGGCGGCGAGGGCGACUACCGUGGUGAUUCGUAUUGCUCCGCUAAAGCUGUUUAUGGUCGAAUUGGCACUCACCAUUUGUGUGAUUAUGUAUUUGAUGAUUUGGACUGCCUACGAUCCACCCUCGCGAACGACAACACGAGUGUGGCGAGAGCAAGAUGACGGAAGUACCCUUGUGGAGACCAGCGUGCAAUGUUCUUCCCGCUCGGAUGGCUGGGUUCUAGCCACGUUCUGCUGGCAAGCCAUUGUAUUGGCAUGUACCACUGUUUUGGCAGUGCUAUCUCAACAAGUCGUGGACAAAUUCAAAGAAACAAAGACAUUGGGUCUUCUCAUCUACUGUCAAGAUCUAUGUCUGGUACUGCAAGUGGUGUUGUUCCUGUUCGAAGGGGGAUCCUCCAGUGUGAUCAGCGCCAGCCUCAGUCUUGUACUGAGUUUGACGUCUGUCAUGUCCUGCGCAAUCUACUUUGCUCCGCUGUUCUCUCGUAUUGCCCGUGGCGAAGAACACACUGUGGCGAAUGAUCCUCGUUUGAGGACAAUACCGCAACCUUCAACAUCAUCACAACCUAGUACAGAACUAGAUCGGAGAGCGGGGGACGCCACUAGCAGCAGUUCCCAGCAGCAGCAACCGCAGGCGCAACAAUUGACCCUAGGAAUGGGAUCGGCUAGCAGCGAUCUCAACUGUUUGAUUCAGAAUCGCCUACGCGAAUUCCAAGACGCCGAGUUUCGGUUCCCGGCAGCCAUCACUGCCGAAUGCAGUCGAAGCAUGGAGCUGGAUGCCUCCUCGAUUCAACUCGAUGGGUAGAGCUGCUGCUUCUGGUAGUUUGCCUGCUGGCUACUCGGUGCCUUUCAGGAUGGUGCCUAUGGACCUUCUGCUUUGGGACCCACCCCCACAUCGGAAUUUAGCAGGCUAGCCGGCCACCGAAUC